AUGAGCGCCGCUACUGUCGUUGGUGAAGCAUGCAUAUUUGGAUGCCGUGCAAGUGACUGCAGACACAGAUAUACCAUUGGUGUAGCCACAGGUAUUAUCCUUGGGUUGAGUUACAGCAACUUUCAAGGGCUAGGGUAUCAACGAAAGAGUAGGAAUGGGAGAGGUAUAUGCCAUCUCAGGGGGGGGUUCAACUUGGAUAUAGACAUUCCCCAGGUUAUCUUGAUUACAGUUAGGACUAGCGGGGUGGUGCGUAACCACAGCCAACAAGAGAGUGUAAAUAGGCAAGCGCAGGGAAUGAGCCAAAUAGGAAAUGGAUCAAGUGCGGUCAUAUCGACCAUUGACAAGGGUAAGAUCGAGGAAGUCUGCUUCCGUGAUGUCGAUCCCUUGACAUCUAGCGAAGAGAGCACAAUGGCUGCCUUUGGGGUGCUAUCGUGGCUAUUUCUCUUCUUAGUUGUCAUCUACCGCAUGUUAUUUUUAGUGGUGGAUAUGAAGCACAAGGACAUGACGAGGGCGUCUGGAGGGAAAUUUCUUGACGGACAGUGGACGUUUGGCCAAAUUGUAUCCGCGGCUGUUUUCAUGCCUCUGCUUGUUGAACUUCUAUAUCUUAGAAGACAUAAAAGGUUGUAUCUAGUCGGUCUAUAUGGAAGCGGGGUUUGGAAUGCCUACACCUUCGAAGGACAUGUUAAGAUUAGGGAUUACGUGGAGCGGGAAAGCGAGGAAAAGCAUAUGGGGACGGGCUUAGAUGGAGGAGCAUAA